AUGAGGGCGGGCCCUGACCGUAUCUAGGUAAGGACUACUAGCCAGUCAGAAGCAGAGUAUGAGGGCGGGCCUUGACAGUAGAUUUGUGUCUGACAUCAUGGACGCGUUGGUAACGAUAACCUCACGAAAUCAAGGCGGCCGCAGUUUAUAGAGCUCUCCACCGACUGCAAGACCUAGGCCAUGAUGGGAAACGCCUGGCUCUCAGCUGAUCAAACAGCUGAUUGGUUUAGAAUCGACUUAAAAAUAUGACAUUUUUAUUGUUGAACUGGAGGGAUUUCGAUUUGAAGCUUCUUUCUGUUAACAGAACACAUGACCGCAUGGGUAUUUAAAGAGGCUACUCUAAUCAAAACAACUGAAGAUUGUGUAGAAGCUAAUAUAUGGGUCUGAUAACAUUUAAAUACAUCGUAAUCAGAUCUAAUCAGAUGUGAGUGUUUGCUCUUUGUCUUCGCAUUAUUAAUAAUAACUGAGUGCACAGGAGAACUGUAUGGGAAGUUGCUUUAUGAUAUAAAAUCACUUUCUGACUUCAGCUCCUUACCUGUGUGAUGUUUAUUCUUCUUCAGUGAGAGCAGCUGGGUGAAGAAAUGCAGAAUGGGAAACUGGUUUACGACUUGGUUUAGGUGGCUUUUGGAUCCAGAAACAUCACAGAGUGUCAACGCCCAGGAUAGAAGUGUCGCCUUCGCACCUCAGUUUAGUGAUUUCAAGGGAAGGGAUCUAAAAAUCAACAUCAAGAAUAUUGCCUCGUCUCCUGACAGGGAGACAAAAGCUGCUUCUCCCAAAAACAAAGCAAACAUUCAAAGGUGCCGACAUAACUUAAAAUCUUUCCUUAAAAAUACAACAAAGGAUCUGUCACAAGGAAAAAAGGGAUAUGGAUCAUUAACUCCUUUACACAAGACCUAUACGGAGCUUUACAUCAGACAAGGAGGCAGUGGGGAGGUUAAUAGUAUGCAUGAAGUUGUUUACUUGGAAUGCAAAAGGAGUUUGAUUGAGAAGAAAAUCGAGGUCAAUAACAUUCUUCAACCUUUAAAAAAUGAGGAAAAACCUCAGAGAGUUCUGACGAAAGGAAUCGCUGGCAUUGGAAAAUCUGUCGCUGUGCAGAAGUUCACUCACGACUGGGCAACAGGAGAAGCCAAUGAAACUACUGAUUUCAUAUUUCCAUUCACAUUCAAAGACUUAAACUUGAUAAAAGAUAAGGAUUGGAGUCUUGUGACGUUAAUAAGUAACUAUUUUGUUGAAGUAAGGGAUUUAAAAGAGUCAGACUACAGCGAAUCAAGUGUUUUGUUCAUCUUCGACGGCCUGGACGAAAGCCAAUUACCUCUGGACUUCCACAACAAUGAGAUGUGCCGUGAUGUUACAAAGACCACAACAUUAGACGUCCUGCUGACAAACUUAAUCUCAGGGAAACUGCUGCACAAAGCCUCAAUCUGGAUCACAAGUAGACCAGCUGCAGCCGCUAAGAUUCCUCCUGAGAUCUUCAAAAGGGUGACCGAGGUACGAGGCUUCAAAGAUGAGCAGAAGGAGGAGUACUUUCAGAAGAAAGUUAGUGACAAGUUAAUGGCUCAGAAGAUCUCCGAUCAUCUUCAGUCAAAGUCGCAAAGAAGUCUGUACAUCAUGUGCCACAUCCCAGUCUUCUGUUGGAUUUCAGCAACGGUUCUCCAGAGUCUCCUAACAGACACAGAACAAGCAGAGUUGCCCAAGACUGUGACUGAAAUGUACACGCACUUCCUGAUCAUCCAGACAAAGCUGAAUAAAUAUAACAAAGAUGUGAUCAUGAAAUUGGGAAAGCUGGCAUUUGAACAGCGUCAGAAGGGCAGCAUACUCUUCUAUGAAAACAAGUUUAAAAGUUGUGGAAUUGAUCUGAAAGAAGAUGCAGUUAAUUCAGGAGUUUGUACACAGAUCACAAUAAAAGAAUCUGGUCUACACAAAGACUUUCUGGCAGCUCUGUACGUGUUAGAGACUUUCUUAGAUAUCGGAGAAAAUCUGCUUUGCAGCCAGACAAGUGUGAAAGUGCCAUCAGAGAAAGGAGAGCAUCCCAUCUUCCUCCUCCACCAGAACGCAGUGGAUAUGGCUUUGGACAGCGAUAAUGGACAAUGGGACUUGUUCCUGCGCUUCCUGCUCGGUCUGUCACAGGAUAAAAAUCAGGAGCUUCUUCAGAAACAAGUUGGAUUCAUAGGAAGACGUCCACAGAGCAACCAGGAGACAAUCAAGUUUAUUCAUGAGAAGAUCAAGAAACUGUCCAACAGCGACAAGAGCAUCAACUUGUUCCACUGUUUAAAUGAGUUGGGUGACCAGUCUCUGGUAAAGUAUGUCCAAAAGUGCCAGAGCUCAGGAGAUUUUAGUAAUCUCUUACCUGAACAUUGGUCAGCUCUGGUCUUUCAGCUGUUCGUUUCCAAUGAAGACCUGGAUUUGUUUGACCUGAGGAAAUACCAAGGAUCAGAUGAAGUUCUGGAGAGGCUGCUGCCAGUGCUCAAAGCAUCAACGAAAGCUUGGUUAAGGUACUGUGACCUCACCGACAGAUGUUGUGAAAAGAUUUCAUCAGUUCUCAGCUCAAAGUCGUCUGGUCUGGAGGAGUUAGACUUGAGUGGAAACUAUCUGCUGGACUCUGGAGUGGAGCUGCUCUGUUACGGUCUAAAAAGUCCCAACUGCAAACUCCAGAGACUCCGUCUGAGCGACUGCUGGUUAACAGCAGCCGGCUGCCAGUCUUUGACCUCUGCCCUCAGCGACUCCUCUGAUCUCAGAGAACUCGACCUGAGCCUCAACGGCCUGGAAGACCAGGGGGUGGAGCUGCUCUCUGAUUGGCUGAGGAAACCCCAGUGUAGACUGGAGAUACUGAGCCUGAGCGACUGCUUGUUAACAGCAGCCGGCUGCCAGUCUUUGACCUCUGCCCUCAGCGACUCCUCUGCUCUCAGAGAACUCGACCUGAGCCUCAACGGCCUGGAAGACCAGGGGGUGGAGCUGCUCUCUGAUUGGCUGAAGUGUAGACUGAAGAUACUCUUUAAAUGAAAGAGACUGGGGAUAUCAUCUAAGAGGACAAUGUAUGUUCAAGCAACCUCUUGUGCGAACUGCGGUUAAAAAUAUGUGUGUUUCAGUUUGUGGGGUGACCUUAUGGAAUGUACUGAACAAUGACAUCAAACAGAGCCAUGAUAUCAUUCAGUUCAAAAAUAGAUUAAAUAAAUCAAUACUUGAACAAUACAGAAAAGAAUAGACCGAAACAUAGGAAUGGAAUUGCUCUUGUGAAGUCUCGUGAAGGUAUUGUUGUAUAUUGCUGUAUUGUUGUAAGUUAUUGUAAGACCUGAACGACUGUAUGCUGUAUUUGCAUAUCUAUUUGCUUUAUAAUAAUAUGAUUUUGUGAAAUAGGGGCAGGACCAAAUAAGCUAAUUGCUUCCGCCUCCUCCUUCUCGAACUAAUCCUUUUCUAGUUUUGUUGAAUUCUGAUUGUUGUGUUUUAUUUUGUGGUUUAACAUUUUUAGAUUUGUAUUUGUUUUG